UAGUAUUAAACACCUAUAUAUCAAAUAGAAUAGUUACUAUAUAAUAUAUUAAAAUAAAUAAAAUGGGUUUGUCAUAUAUAAAUAAAAAUAAAAGUUCUGAAAUAUUAGGGGAUAAUAAUAAGAAUGAAGUUUUAUUAGUUCAUUCAUCUAAAAUAAGAAAUAUAAUGGAUGAUGACGAAGAAGAUAUAGAUAUUGAAAAUGAUAAAAAUAGUUUGAUAAAUUCUAAUUUAGAUAAAGAUUCAAUCUGUUCAUCAUCAGUGUCAUCAUCAUCAACUACAGAUUUAUCAACAGUACUGGGUGGUAUCAAAGAUGAAGAGCAGAGAAGACUGACCGAUAAUCAAAUCCAAAUAAAUGAUCAACCAAAGCCACAACUAAAUCAGCUUCAAGACCUACAACAUAACGAAGAUGAAAAGGUAGAAUGUGAACAUUACAACUAUGCUCGAUUGUUUUUUGCUCUUGGUUUGUUGUUCUAUUUCCCGUUAAUUUAUUCAAUUAUGUAUAUUAGAGAACCAAAUAAAAAUGUAAAAGCUUUUGCAAGGGUAUCUUUAGCAACACUAAUAUUGUAUCCCGCAUUUUUAAUAUUAAUAACAGUAACCACAGGUAGAUUUGACAAUGGCAAAUACUGGGAGCCAACAUCGCGUCAAUGGAUAAGCAGGGCAUAGAAUAUUUUAAAUUAAUUGUAAAUAAAAAGAAAAUAAAAAAUAAAAAAAUAAACUAGUUAAAGAUUUUAAAUAGUCUUUUCUUUUUGUUCCAUUUUU